UUUUAAGAUUAUAAAGUACUUUGGUAUGCCCCACUUUGUGUUUGUGUAUGAUUAUGACGGUCUCUAACAAUAUUGUGCAGCGUGGGAGUCGGUGUUUCGGGAUACGUUGAUGGCGAUACGUGCGCGCGAGAUCAGUGGGCUGAUUUAUCAUUUUAUGCUAUAUACCGCUGGCUCGAUUAUUUGGUACGGUACCCCACUGCUACUAGCCGUGGUAACCUUCAGUGCAUAUACACUGAUUGCGGGCCAUGAGUUGAAAGCUUCAGUUGCAUUCAGUUGUUUGUCGUUGAUCAAUAUUGUGAGGAAGCCAAUCGAGCGACUUGCGACUUCAAUCACCGAAAUCAUGAGUGCGAAGGUUUCUCUGGACCGAAUGCAGACGUUUUUGGAGGAAGAGCCGACGGGAAAGUAUAGAGUGCUAUCGGUGCCGCGUGGGCCUGAGUCACCUUAUAUCGGAUUCGAGAACGCGUCGUUUACGUGGGGACCAAGAACCGAUGUGGGCAAGUUUGCGCUGUGGGAUCUGUCGAUUGAUUUCCCAGUGGGAAAGUUGACGGUUGUCAUCGGGCCGACGGGAUCGGGCAAGUCAUCAUUGUUGAUGGCGCUUUUGGGAGAGAUGACUUUGAUCGAGGGGAAUGUUUUCCUGCCGGGUCUUUCGACGACCUCUGGUAUUCCUUCACCAUUGGCUGGUUAUACUGAUACGGUAGCGUACUGCGCGCAGAGACCAUGGCUGCUGAAUGACUCGAUUAGAAACAAUAUUGUUUUUGGGUCUGCGUUUGAUGAAGCGCGGUAUUUUCGAGUGAUUACUGCGUGCUGCCUACUGCCAAUAUUCGACUCUUUAGAGCACGGCGAUUUGACGAUAGUCGGGGAUAAAGGGAUUACGUUAUCAGGUGGCCAGAAGCAGAGAAUCUCGCUAGCGCGUGCGGUGUACUCUUCGGCUAGGCAUUUAUUGUUGGACGGAUGCUUGGGAGCUAUUGACGCACACUCUGCGCGGACGAUUUUUGAAAGCUGUUUGAGUGGACCGCUGAUGUUUGGACGGACGUGUAUUCUUGUGAGUCAUAACUACACGCUGACGAUUCCGAGUGCUAGUCUUGUUGUUGCGUUGCGCGAGGGACGGGUUAAUUUUGUUGGGAGUCCAGCGGAGGCGCUUGAGCAGGGCGUGCUAGGGUCUGAUCGGAAUUUGGUGAAGAGUAGUAGUUUGUCUACGCGGAGCGCGACACCGAUCGAGGAGGCAGUCGCUGUUGAGGACGAGGAGGAGGAGGAGGGACAGGCGGCGGCGGCGAGACACAAUCGAUUUGCGGUUCGAAGAGAUUCGGAGACGUUGGUGCGAGCGGAGUCGCGAAAGGUGGGGAAUGUUGGGCUACGGACGUACUUGACGUAUUUUUCGUACGUGGGGUCAGGAAAGUACCUGAUGCUUUUGUUGAGUGUGUUUGUGAUGCAGCAGGUUGGAGAUUUUGGACAGAAUCUGUGGAUUCGGCGGUGGUCACAGAGCGCCGAGAUUGAGAGGGAGAAGGAGAGACAUGAUACGGGACACUAUAUCCGGAUCUAUGUGUUGAUCUCGUCGGUGUAUCUGUUGGUGUCCGGGGCUAGAGAUGGGCUUGCAUUUCAUCGAAGUCUGAAUGUGUCGCGACGGUUGUUUGCAGACAUGCUGGGUUCGGUGAUGUAUGCGAUUCCGAGCUUUUUCCACACGACGCCGAUUGGGGUGAUAAUCAAUAGGUUUAGCAAGGAUAUCGAGACUAUUGACUCGAUUCUGAUGCCGACGUUGAUUUCGAUUACGCAUUCAGUGAUUUCGCUUUUGAUUAUUCUGUGCGUUAUUACGGUGAUUUUACCCCGAUUUCUGUUUUUGCUGGGAUUUAUCUGUGCGGUGUUUUUUGUGAUUAAUCGGCAUUUCGAGAGUACGUCUGUUGAGCUGCGACGGAUGAGACUUGUGACGAGGAGUCCGUUGUACCAGCACUUUUCCGAGACGUUGUCGGGAUUGGCUACGAUUCGGGCGUACGGGCACGAGUCGCGGUUUAUGCUUGAGCUGAUGGAGAAGCUGGAUGUGCAUACGCGGCCGUAUAAUGCGAUUUGGGGGUGCGACCGAUGGAUGAAGUUUCGGUGCGAGGUUGUGGGAGGGCUGAUCACGGCUAUUGCGGCGGGGUUUAUUAUCUGGAAGGGAGAGUUGAUUGAUGCGGGGUUGGCGGGACUGUGUUUGACGUAUGCUGCUAAUUUCACGGGAGAGAUUAGCGAUUUGAUGGCGGUGAAUGCGAUGAAUGAGACGAAUAUGAAUUCGGUGGAGAGGGUUGAGGAGUUUCUUGAGAUUGAGCAGGAGGCACCAGCGGUUGUUGAGUCGAGCCGGCCGCCGGCGGGAUGGCCGUCAGCGGGAGCAGUUGUGGUGUCUAAUCUGAGCUUGAGGUAUGCCGCACAUUUGCCGAGGGUUGUGGAUGGGAUUAGUUUUGAGGUGAAGGGUGGGUGGAAGGUUGGGAUAGUUGGACGGACGGGAGCGGGGAAGAGUACGAUUGCGUCUGCGUUUUUCCGGUUUCUGGAGGCGGAGGAGGGGAGGAUUGUGAUUGAUGGGUUUGAUGUGAGAGGGAUUGGGUUGAGGGAUUUGCGACAGGCGUUGAGUAUUAUUCCGCAGGAUCCUAUAUUAUUUUCAGGGACGAUCCGAAGCAAUCUCGAUCCGAACGAUCAAUACAGUGAUGAAGAGAUUGAGAGAGUGUUGGAGAGGGUAAAGUUGAUGAAGAGGAGUGAUGAAGGGGAGUUGGAAGGGCGGAUUGCAGGGCUGAAUACGGUUGUGAGUGAGAGUGGGAGCAACUUGUCGCAGGGUCAGAGACAGCUGGUGUGUCUUGCGCGGUCGCUGCUGAAGAAGACGAAGGUUAUGUUUUUGGACGAGGCGACGGCGGCGAUAGACUAUGCGACGGACGAGAUCCUGCAGCGGACGAUCCGGCGGGAGUUCAGGCAGACGACGAUAUUUACGAUCGCGCACCGGCUGCGGAGCGUGAUUGACUACGACCGGAUCCUUGUGCUGGAGACGGGGCGGGUGGUUGAGUACGGCUCGCCGGUGGAGCUGAUUGAGAGCAGAGGCGGUGUGUUUCGGCGGAUGUGCGAGAGCAGCGGGGCGAUGGAGCUGCUGGAGGAGAUGGCGAGGGGGGGGUUACGUAAUGGAUUAGGUCAGAAAAUAGAGUUUAGGGUUUAUUUAAGCUUAAUCGGUCGAGUGAGACAAUUAAGUUUGCAUAAAUUGGUUAUUGUUCAGUAACCACAAUAGAGAGGAGAGUAGUAGUUGUUGUAGACUGCUGUUUAUAUAAGUGUGUUGAUGUGUUGAUGUAAUAACAACAAUCAAAGCAAUACAGAAGAGCAGAACAAAGUACCAAAAUAGCAUUUUAUUGUCUUAUAGGAGUUAGUCUGCGCUAUUUUGCUUCCUUGUUUGCCGGGACCCUGUCGCCGAAGACAAUCAGCACCAACAAUGGCCCUUUUUUCCAUUAUUGGAUUCUAACUGAUAGUCACUCGCUUUUCUCAUUCUUAUUCUCUGUAUUCUAUAACAAUCGC